UCUCCAUUCAAAUACCUCUGCUUUACUACUUCAGUCCAUGGCAAGUGUGAGAGUUUAUAUCCCUCAGCAUGGAAUUCCUCCGCUCUGUUAUUGCCGAAGAAGCUGGAAACAGCGCAGCCAUCAAAGCACUACAGUUGGAGCACACGAACAGACAGCGCCACAUCACAGCCUUGGAGGAGAGGCUAGAGGAAAUUCAUGAUCACCUUCGAACCAAGUUAAAAGCUUUAGAUGCUAUUCAGGAAAAAAAUGCUAACCUGCAACAAGAAAUUGCGUCCCUGAAAGGCACACUUGGAUACAUAAGAGGAACUGAGGCAACACACUGUCAAUUGCCCUCUACUGUACUCCACUUGGAACAGCACUCAGAACCGAAACCAUCCACCACAUCAAAGCCUUCACAGAAAGUCCUGUAUUCACAGUUCAUGAACGCCACUUCAGCAGCCAACCUGUUCCGUGAAGAACGAUCGUCCAGAGUCAUCGCAUUUCCUGCAAAAUCACUUUUAGCACUAGAUAAAAUUUUAGCUCCCAGCUGCAGUGCCAUGCUACAAAAUCAAGGCAUGGCAUGCCCCAGGUCUUCCACUCUUAAGACCGAUAUACUUGGACAAGGCCAGGAUUACAUCACCUAUCUAUUUGCAAAGAGCAGGGAACCCCCCUCCUUGCUGGACCUCCUGGAGGAAACAGAACAGAAACCCCCUCCAGCAGAAGACUCGGCGUGCAGUGCAAUUGGGAACCUUAAAAUUGCUGAACUUCAUCCAAGCGGCCGUUUUGUGAAGAUAAUUAACAAUUCUCCUGAUAUAGAAGAGGAUAUUGGAGACUAUAUACUCCUGCAGAACCUCAAUGGACACCCAAUAUCAACUUACAAAUUCCCCCCAAGGAUCAGAAUGAAAGCUAAUUCUGAGAUAAAAGUGUGGUCCGCAAGUUCUAAAAUGACUCAUAAACCUCCAAUACAUUUUCUCUGGAAAAAUCUGGAUAUGUUUAUAUUGGGCCCACAGUGUACCACCAUCCUUUGCGACCCUUCUGGGCAGGCUGUUGCUUGGUACACUCCAAUACAUCGAAACCGAAAACCAACAUUGGAAGGGGAAGAUAACCUCUUUAAUAACCUCAAGCAGCGCUCUUUGCCAAUUCACAAGCCAAGAGGCAAAUGGGAAAAUAGAACAUGUGACACUCUGCAGCCAACGGCCCCCCCAAGUCCUGCAGAGAAGGAAAAAGAACCGGAAUUCAUUAUAAGAGAAGAAAAGACACUACCUCUGUUGUACCCAGUUCAAAGUCCUUGGUGCCGAAGUCCAAGCUCUCCUACACAUCCCCAUUACUCACUGGAAAGAUAUUUGUUCACGGGCAGUGAUUGGAGCAGCACAUGCAGACAAACUAGAUCUCAGUCAGCAUACCUUGGUCCAGACCCUGAUGUUCCAUGUACAGGACUUAGUCAAGGCAUGAAACUGGCAAGAGAAAAUUGUAAAGGGGAAGGAAGAAGGUCAACUCGAUCAGCAGGCCCUAAUUUGGGUGGUGUGAUGUCUAUCGGCUCUGCUACGCCCAUCAGCUCUGCUUUACAGAAGUAUUUUGCCCAUUCAUCUUACCACCUCAGGCUCCUGGCUCACGCUUCUCCAGCGCCCAUUAACUUUCUCUAGCGUCUCAGAGAGGAUCAAUGAAUACAGCAGGGUUAUUUUCAAAGCACUCUGCAGCGGAAACCAUUGUGUGAUCCAUUGCUUCAGGAAUAAGAAGGCUUGGCUCUUCAGAGGAACCCGAGACUUUGUGUUUGAUUUCUCUGUGGACUUGUGUGCAUCUGAAGGGUCGGUUUGCCAGCUCCUCUCAUUAGCAGGUUUCUCAGUCACCUUGACUGGCAAAAGCCUUGCCAACAUUGAGGACGGUGGUUCUGAAUAUCUUGGCGUCCCAUUGAUUUGCAUGAGAUCCAGCUGAUACAUGUCACAGCCACAGCACACAACUUGUGUGAACAUUAAACUAUGUCGGUAAUCUGAGCCGCAACCUUGUUCCCAGGUGUGCCGCUAAAGUCCAUUUGAGCAUUAAAAUCGGGCUUAUUGAACCUCCUGAGGGCAUUACACAUGGAUGGUGGGCUACGUGGAGCUUGGUAAUUGAGAAAGGGGGCGCAAAUAUACAUUAUUCCAUUUCACGGGCUGGAGCCAGAGAAUCGUUUUUUUAAGACCAUUCAAAGUGGUAUAAUAAAGUCAUCUGUUACUCAUGAUCUCUUCUGACAUCUCUGGUCCAAUAAGUCUUGCAAGUUUUAGUAGGUGUUUCAGAAAACCUGCAAAAUCCAAUGGACCAGAGACAAAAGCAGGAUGGAAUGAAUCAGUACUAACUCCACCAAUCAUGUCGUAGCUCCCGCAGCUUUUCUUAAAAAUAAAACUUACCAUGUAUCAAACUAGAUCAUGUAUCAAACUAUAAUUAGGAAAGCAGGUCAAGCAUCUACAUGCAACAAAGGACCAGGAUUGCCUCACCCUGACAUAGCGCUGGUGAGGGAAAGGCAAAGAGACGGGCCUGGUGUCCAUUUCACUGGUCCAAAGCAGGCUGUAAUUAAGGCCG